GAUGAUUCAUGACCGAAGUGGAUGAGUAAGGCAGCAGUAGUAAACAACGUCACUUGUCAAAUUUCUUGAAAAGGUGUUUUGAGGCCGAACAUCUCCUCUAGGUAAGGUCCAUCGCACCAGGACCGACAUGUUUUCGAGUGGGCCAAAUUACGUGAAGCUGAAGACGCACCUUCGGCUGGCCAUCAAUCGGCUGAAGCUGCUGGAGAAGAAGAAAACCGAGCUGGCCCAGAAAGCCCGCAAGGAAAUCGCCGACUACAUCGCGGCAGGAAAGGCCGAAAGGGCCAAGAUCAGGGUCGAGCAGAUCAUCAGGGAGGACUACCUGGUCGAGGCGAUGGAAAUCGUUGAGAUGUAUUGCGAUUUGUUGAUCGCCAGAUACGGGCUCGUCCAGCAAAUGAAAACCCUGGAUGAAGGGCUGGCCGAGGCAAUUUCUAGUCUCAUUUGGGUUGCACCGCGUUUGCAGACGGAUGUGGCCGAGCUAAAAGUCAUUUCCGAGCAGCUUACAGCGAAAUAUGGAAAGCAAUACAACCAGGCAUGCAGAGAAGAAGCUGUUGGCACCAUAUCUGAAAAGCUGAAGCACAAGUUGAGCGUGCAGGCGCCUCCCAAGCUUCUCGUCGAGAAAUACUUGAUUGAAAUCGCCAAGAUCUACAAUGUCCCUUACGAGCCAGACCCUCAGGUCAUGAUGAACGAGGACACUGCAGGAUUGGACGCUCUCCUCAUUGACCUCAACAAUGAGAAAAACAACCUGGGAGGAGGAGGAAGCGGAGGCGGCGGCGGCGGCGGUGGUGGCAUGCCACAGCCUCCAGGAUUCAUUGGCUUUCCGCAACCACCAGCUUUGCCCUCAGAUUUCAAACCUUUUAGCUAUCCGAGUGGUGCGAGCGGAUCGUCAGCAGCAUCUGGACCAGCUGGUUUUGUGGCUCCACCCUUGCCAAACGUCGGACCCAACGCGCCCAACUUCGAGCCUCAUUUUUCGGCGAAAAGCAGCAAUCUGUCGUACAACAUUCCGCCCGACAACUCGAACGCCUCGGCCAGCGUGUCCACGCCGACUGCCUCUCCGAAGAAAGCCUUGAACACAGACCCCCAGGACGAGCCUCCUCCGCCGUACACUAACUUUCCACCUGAUGUCAAUACCAAUAAGGGUGCGAUUCCAAAGCCGGCGCCUAGAGCAAAAAUGCCCGAUAACUUUGAUUUGCCAGAGUUGCCUUCGGUUCCGUCUGAUGAAUUCCCUGCUCCUGGCUCUGCUAGUUUAGAUAACGAUGAGAUCGACUUUGACGACCUCACGCGACGCUUUGAAGAUUUGAAAAAGAAGACAUAAAUUUAUAGUUUCUCUCAUUAAUUUGUUUAUUCUCAUAUGCAUAAAGCGCUUUUUAUAAUUCGCCUACUAUUAAUCAAAUCACAAUAAAAUUUAAUCGCUGUUGAAAGCAA